AGACAACUUCCCAACUUUCCUUUUCAUAUUUCCCCCUUCUCUAGAUAUCGACUGAACUUCAAUCCCAUAUUCCAAUUUUCAAAAGACUGAGAACAUCAUUCAAUAAUCAACAACCAUCAACCAUCAACCAUCAUGUCGACCAUCCCAACUUCAACUUCCGUUGUGGAGACUACCGUCGUCAAGUCGCCCCUCAGCCACGUCUGGCAUCUCAUCAAGCUCCAAGACUUCUCCAAGUUCUGGACCGCUUUAAAGUCCAGCCAUGUCGUUGAAGGCGCUAGUGACGAAACCUCUAUCGUCAAAUGGGUUUUCAAGGACGGUACUGAGCUCGAAGUGAAGCUAGAGGAGCACAGCACUAUCCAUCAUUAUAUCACCUACAGUGUAAUCACCGCCAAGCCUGAGCUCAGCUACUCAUCGGUCCUCUCCACCAUCCGCUUAUAUCCUGUCACAUCCGGCGAAUUUGAAAACAUGACCUUCGUCGAGUGGACCGGUAACUUUUCCAGUGACGCAGAUGCGAGUGUCAUUCAGGAUGCCAAAUUCAAGCGUCGCGACGCCCUAGCCGACCUGGCCAAGGCAGCGGCGAAGAAAUAGGAUCUGGAUUUCUUGUCAUAUCACGUCAAAGGGGUGUCUAGAGGUAAGACGCCGGACUAGGUUAUG